GACAUCACAACACAGAACCAGCACUCUCAAUUUGUCCUGCCAUCAUUUGUGGGAUCAUUAAUAUGCAGGCGUGGUCUCAGCUCAGAGGGAGAAGUGGUCAACCUUAGAAUAAACCUCACACAAGUUCAACCCCGGACCACAGAGGAGGGAAGAAACAGUUGCUGUGGACCCUCUGAUCGCUGUUCUCCUCAUUUCUUCAUUUUCCAAACCUCUCUGACUCUCGAGACCGUCCUCAUGGAGGCAAAAGCAAAGUAUGAUUUUGCUGCAACAGCACGAGAUGAGCUCAGCUUUAAAAAGGGUGAUUUGCUUAAGCUUUUAAACUCGCAAGAUGAUUGGUAUAAAGCAGAGUUGAACGGACAGGAAGGAUUCGUACCACAAAACUACCUUGAUUUGCAGAUUCCGAAAUGGUUUCAGGAGAACGCCACUCGUAACGCAGCAGAGGAUCUCCUGCAGCACAAAGAUGUUGGGGAAUUUGUGAUUCGAGGGUCCCAGAGCUCCCCGGGAGACUUCUCCAUCUCUGUCAAACAUGAGAGUGACGUUCAGCACUUCAAAGUGUUGAGAGACAACAAAGGCCAGUACUUCCUGUGGUCGGAGAAGUUCACCUCCCUAGACAAGCUGGUGGAGUUCUACAAGGCCACGUCCAUCUCUAAGACCAGGGAGAUCUACCUCCAUGACGGCUGCUCGCCCAAUAGGAACGUCUCCAUCCCCCAGUCGGCAAAGAGGGGAAGUUUGCCUGAACAACAUCACUCUGCUGCAGCGGUUGCUGCUACACCACGCAGAGCAUCAGACCAGCCUCACAGCCAGCUGGCUAUGAGGGUGGGUCUGGAGGAACGAGCUCACACCAUUGGUUACACAGGAAGAAACAGCCCCAUCAGCGCCGCUCAUCCUCCCCGUCGUGUAUCUGAAACCUUGCCUCUACCACAGAGGCCGUCCGUGGUGCAGGUGAGGGCACUGUACGACUUCACCGCAGAGGAAGGCGAUGAGCUCGGUUUCUCUGCGGGAGAUAUCAUUGAAGUGCUAGAUCGCUCGGAUGCAUCUUGGUGGAAAGGGAGGCUGCGGGGGAACACCGGGCUGUUUCCUGCCAACUACACAACGCAGCUGUGAGAAAACACCCCAGGCGACACUCUUACUCUGCCUACACAUUCACAGACUUGCUCUGCAAGUGCAACGGCCCUGAAUGUGCGUUGUUUUUUUACACUGACCCAGUCAGUGACUCAUCUAAUCACUGCACUGCAUGUUGGCACUUCAUCAACACGCCGGUUUCGGAAUGACUGAGUCAGUUUGUGUUUUCAGAUGAUAUUAUAUACAUACAACUCGGUGCUAUGCUUGAUCAGGUUUUAUUGGACUGACUUAUUCACAAAGGAGCAAAGGCACAUCCCAAAACAGGAGCUGCUGCAGGUGGCAGCUGUACUACAACAUGUCUGUCAGCAUAUUUAUUUGCUCGUUUGCCAGUCUGCCAGUGAAUUGACGGUUUCUGCUCAUGCUAUUAGUUUUGUUAUAUUUUAUACCAUUAAAAAUUUUGAA